AUGCACGAGAAUGGAUCUCUCUGUGUCACUGACACGGAAAAGCAUGAAGUGAGACGACAUCAAAGAGAAGAAUCUCAAGGAACAGUGGUUGCAGGUGGCAAUGGAAAAGGAGAUCGUACCGAUCAACUUUCUUCCACACAAUACGUAUUUGUCGAUCGAGACUAUUCAGUGUACGUGUCUGAUUUUGAUAAUCAUCGUGUGAUAAAAUGGGUGGAAUGUACAAAACAAGGCAUUGUCGUGGCUGGUGGCCAAGGAAACAAAAAUGGUCUUACACAAUUGUCGUAUCCUCAAGGAGUCGUUGUUGAUCAGUUGGAUACUGUCUAUGUGGCUGAUGCAGAAAAUGAUCGAAUCAUGCGUUGGGUCAAAGGAGCCACAGAAGGAAAUGCCAUUGUUGGUGGAAACAGUCGAGGAGAAGAAUCGAAUCAAUUAAAUUAUCCCUUCGGUUUAUCAUUCGAUCGACACGGUAAUCUCUAUGUCGUCGAAAAGGGAAAUCAUCAUGUACAAAAAUUUAAUAUUGAACAGACAACAAAAUAA